AUGGCAGAGGAAGAGGAUAGCGCGUGCGGUCAGGGGGCCGCGUCGCCUGCGCCGCUGCCGGUGUUGAACGAAGAAGCGCUGGCGCUUCUUCAGCGUCGGCUGGAGCAGGAGCUCCACGUUUUGUUCUUCGACCCUCACCCGGAAGCGAAGACCGCGGCGAACACGUGGCUGUUGCAGUUCCAGGAGAGCCCCGAGGCGUGGGGAGUGGCGCGGCACAUCCUCGCGCAGCACCUGCUGCCCUCGACGAGCGGGUCCUCGAGCGCGAACGAGCAGCUGGUCAUGGUCGCUGCGCAGACGCUCGCGUGGAAGGUGGUGCACCAGCCGCAGCACCUCCGCCUGGAAGAAAAGAAGCAACUCGCCUGCGGCCUGCUCCAGCUGGUCGCCUCCCUGCAGCAGCAGGCGGCCUGCGAGUCACCCUCGGACCUGCAGCUCUCCGCGGCGGCGCUCUCUCGCCUCUCAGAGUGCAUCGCGAACUGCAUCAUUCAAACUGCCGCAGCCGCUUCUGUGUGGCCCUCGGCGCUCUCUGACGUGCUGCAGUUUGCGCGGCUCUCCGCGCGCGGCGCCGCGGAUGCCUCGGCUGCGCAGCCGCCCUGCCUCUUCUCGCUCACCUGCUACACUGCGGUCUGCGUCCUCGGCGCCCUCCCCGGCGUGCUGAAGGGCCUGGAUGCGCCCUCGCGCGGCGUGCGGCGGAUCGUCGAGACCCCGCAGGCGCUCAGCUGCGAGAAGCAGUGGAAGGCAGUCAUUGGCCUCGUCGCGGACGUCCUCUUGGCGGCUGCACAGACUGCCUCCUCCUCGUCCUCGGUUCCCUCUCCCUCGCAAGCUUCGCCGCCCUUCCCUCUGCCGCCCUGCUGCGUGGCGGGGCCGCAUGGCGCCUGUGCGCGGUACCGCGCGCGAGCUGUCGAGGGCGUCUUGCACCUCCUUGUGGCGUGGAUAGGGCUGUGGGACGUGCCCUUCCUUCAGCACGACGGUCUAUGCCGCGCGCUCGCGUCCGUCACGCCUCUGCUGGCUAACGAGUCUGCGCUGACCGACUGCCUCGUCGCGGCGCUGCCCAAGCUCUCGACGUACAUGCAGCUUUGGAGCCUCUCUGGGCCGCCUCAGAGUCAGCAACAGGCUCCACGCAGCUCGAGCUGCAGCAGCCGCAGUCGCGUCCUCUGCGACGGUCCCGGGGGCAGGGAAGACACGCCGUCGCCCAUGGGGGGCGGGGCUGCGGCCAGCGGAGCCGGAGACGCCGCCCAGCAGCAGCUGCUUCGCGCCUGGGGCGAGGGCAGCCUUCCGUCCGCCGGCGGCGAAGGCGAGCUGUGUGUCGCCGUCGUCACGCAGCUCGUUGAGUUUUCCAAGCUCCUCAAGGCGAAGGAGAACGGCGCUGCAGGCGCUGCAGCGCGGCCUGACGAAGACGAGGGCGAAGAAUCCGCGCUGCUGCUCCGUUGGGGCGCCGUGCUGCAGACGCUGGUGGAGGGCUAUCCGGGCCUGCUGCUGGAGGACUUUGGAGCCGCGGUCGUGGUGGAGGCGGUGGCGGGAGGGGACUACUCCAGAGGCGGCGGCGGGGGCGGGCAGUCCGUGUGCGGGGAGCUCCUGGUGCAGCUGUGGCGCCGGCAGCCGCAGACGUGGCUCUCCGCGAGCAACGUCUGGGGCGUCAUCAAGGAGCUUCGGAGAGACCAGCUGCUUCCGCUGCCUGUGCUGCGCCUUCUUCUGCAGCGACUCGCUCCGCCUUGCAUCACCAGCAUGCUGCAGCACUGCCGGAGGGACAGUCGCGCCUGGGCGACGCUUCCGGGCGAGCCGCUGUCGGCGGAAACCAUCGAAGAGCGCCGUCUGUUCAUCGAGACGGCCGGGGACGCGGUGUGCGACGUGUUUUUCCUGUACGACGCGUGUGGAGUCGAAGAAGGCCGCGAGUUCCUCCAGUCGCUCUCGCAGAGCAUGCAAACCGCCCUCCAACGGCGGGACGCCGCAGGCGCCGAGGUCCUCCUCCUCCUCAGCGACGCCCUCGUCGAGGGCCUGAACGGCAUCCCGCUUCCUUUGGCCCCGCUUUUUCUCUGUCUCCCCGUGCUUCCUGACGACGACCCCUGCUGCGCGGCCGCCGCAGCGAAAAUUCUGAAGAAGGCGGCCAUCCACUUCACCGAAGAAGACCCCGAGUACGAAGGCCUGAAUGUGCCGCCUACCGCCACGUGCACGGCUGCGCUCCUCACGCAGAUAUGGACUGUCGCCCUGCAGACGCUUCUGCGGCUUCUGCCCUUGGACCCGCCCCUCGUCGCGGAUAGCAUCCUCCAGCUCACCACGUGGGGCGGGCACCAUCUCGGCGGGUGCGGCGGGGCAGAGACCCCCGACCGGGCCGCUAACCCGCCGGCGGGCCUCCCCGGGGGCCACGGGGCGGGUCGGGGAGGCGUCGACGGCGGCGAGGCCGCCGCGGGCGCGGCGGCGCGCGGCGGGGCAGGGGGAAGAGCCGGUGCUUCCGAGGGGGGUCCAGCCGCUCUUCAAGAACUCGAAUUGUUUUGCAAAUUUGUCGAGGAGACUGGCCCUCGGCACAGCGUGCAAGUGGAUGGGACGCUCCACGCGGCGGCUGUGAAGCUCGUCCUUACCUUCCCGCGGCAGGACAUUCCUCGACUGUUCAAUAGCAGCAUGCGCGGAGCGCGGCAGCUGCUUCAGCGCUGCUGCGCGGGGCUUGAAGCAGCGACCGCCGCGGGCGAUGCCGCGACCGCGGCGCGCGCCAUGGCGGCGUGGCGAGAGGAUGCCAGUCGGGCCCUGCAGAAGCUCGAGCUCUGUUGUUCGGCGCUCUGCGGCGGCCGCGUCUGCACGUCUAGGAAUGGCUCCGCAUCUGGAGUAGGCGGCGGCGGUUUCGCGGGGGGAGGGGCGUGCGCGGGAGAAGACGACGGCCAAGUGGCUUGCGCGGCUCUCGAGUGUUUUCUGAUGGAGGAUGACCUCUGGAUGCUCUGGCUGCAGGUCAUUCGAGGCGCGCUUCUCCUCCAGCCGUCGUCCUGGCCUGCGUCGAUGGGCUUAUCCUCUGCAGGCCUUCCUGCGACAUUAUUCUCGCCCCUGAAUCUUCCGGUUAAUUCUGUCACUCGCCAACGCGUCCACCUGUGUACGUUGAUCGUCGACCUGAAAGGCAAGGAGCCUCUGGAGCCGCCGCAAAGCAACGAGGCAGUUCUGGCGGUGCUCGCGCUGCGGUGCAUGCGCCUCCUCCUCAGAGGCCUGGCCUCCAGCUUGGUGGCGGCAGGUCGUGUGUGGCCUGCUGUGGCAGAGCUCGUGGGGAGUGAACUCGUCUCGAGCGCAGCCACGCUGACCAGCAGAGUGACGGAUUUCGCGCGGCCAGGCUCUGCCUGCGCCGCAGACGCUGCUGCCAACGCAGCUCGCCCCAGCUGGUUGUGUGCCCAAGCCGCACUACAGGCCUGUGGAGUCGUCGUGCUGGGCGAUCUUCUCCGCCUUGCGAAGGAAGGGAGCCCGGGGGAAGGCCGCGGGGGCGCUCCGAGCGCCAAGGCAGGCGGGGGGGGGUCUCAGGAGCGGCCAGACUUGCUCCAGGCCGUGAAGAGCUGGGCGGCGCAGCGGCUGCGGGCGAUCACGGCGCUGUUUUUCGACCUCGGCCGCCUCCUCACCUCUCAGCAAGGCUUAUUCGAUCUGUAUGCCCCGUUUCUCGACUUUCUGCUCGCCUACGCGGCAGCCGCUCCAGGGGUCCAGGCGCUCACGGGCAGCGCGAGCAAGGGUGCCUUGGGCUGCGUAGGCAUCCGCGAGUUUCGAAGGGGCACGGGGGGGGGCAGCCAAGGCGGCGGCGAGCCAGCAGACGCGGGCGCCGGCUCCGAGUUGCAGACGCGAACGGGAGAGCUUCUGGGCCCGAACGACCUGUUUUGUCAAGUCGACGUGUUCGAGACUACCCUCCAACUCUGCGUGGAGGCUGUGCGCCAGAGUCACGAUGCCGAUGUGGCGCGACAAGCGAUUCUGUAUUGCCAUGCAUGCAGCACGUGCGGCGCGGCGCAAGUCGAUCGGAUCGUCGCCAAGCACCUGCCAGGCAUUGUCGCGGCGACGCUGGAAAACCUCCACUGCUGGGGCCUCGAAAACCUCUCUGUGCUCUGGAAGGCCUUCGCUCUCUGGACUGAGCGAUACGACCAGGUCUUCCUCGCCACUGUCUCGGAGUGGCUCACAUCCGACGCAAGCGCCGCAUGUGCUGCGGGAGCCGCGCCUGGGCGCACUCCUGCCCCCACGCCGUCUCGCUUGCGCGACAUGGAGUUUGCCCAGAAGGAGAUUGUUUUUUGUUGCUUCCGGAGUUUCCGCGGAGCUCGUAUGCGCCAGCUACUUCAGGAUCUGUGCCUGAUCGCUAGCGGAAGUAUCGUGCCGAGCGACGCGUUGGUGGCGUACGAAUACGCCCUUCAAAGUGACCAAUACAAGUCGAGACGAUCUGGCUCCGGUGUCGCGCAGAACCAAAACCCUGCGUGUUUAGUAGAGAUUUCAUGA